AUGAUAAAGCAAAAAAGCACAAAAAUAAUGACUCAAAACAGCUGUGUGAGCUAUUUUUAUGUCAUCUCAGUAAGAGUGAAGUGUAUAAAAAAGGGGAAGUUGUACUGAAUGGAUCAGUUGCUUGCUUGUGUCGCUGAGGGCACAGCUAAGAUGAUGGCCGCUUGUCUACUCCUCGCCAGCAUCUUGACCAUCGCAUCAGGCUCCGUGCAGGUGAUGCACAGAAAGGUCCAGUCGGUCCAGGCAGGAGAAAACAUUACUUUUUCAUGCCGGUCAGUCACAAAAGAAGACGUGCUACAGGUCACCUGGCAGAAGGAGACGGACGGGGCUGAAGACAACAUAGCAACUUACAGUAUGAUGAAUGGCCAAAAGAUAGCAAAGGGUUACGUUGGCCACGUGAGCUUUGCCCACAGCGAGUUACAAGCCUCGGCCAUCUCCCUUCAUGGAGUCACUCUCCAAGACGAAGGAUGUUACAAGUGCAUUUUCAACACAUUCCCCUCGGGAGCUGUCACUGGCAGGAUGUGUCUCAACGUUUACGCCAUCUCGGACCCCAAAGUGGAGGCUAAGCUUAUACCCGGUCCAGACAAAGCUAGGGACUCUGAGAAAGUGGUGGGGAUCAGCUGCUCAGCAACAGGGAAACCAGCUCCAAAUAUCACCUGGCACCUUCCCAGAAUUCUGCAUCAGAAACCAAGGGAGUACCACAUCAGGCUCAGCAACCAGACCGUGACUGUCAUCAGCAAUUUCACCCACACCAACUCCAAAAUCCUCCAGGAGUAUCCCAUCACCUGCGAGAUCCAACACCCUUCUCUAAAUGUGACCCUGGUCCUCCCCAUGGACACCGUGGUGCAGGGUCCAGACAGCAGUGUGGCACAAGCCAUUGCCAUUGCAGCAGGGGUCCUGGUCCCUGUGACUUUCCUCCUUGCCUGCCUCCUCUGCUGCUGCCUCAGGCACCUACAUGACCCAGAGAGAAACCUGGCCCAGCCACACUGGGUAGGUCCAUCUUUCCCCAGGCUGCUGCAGUGUUCACCCACACAGGUUGUGGGGGUCACCGCCGGGACCCGGCUCUGCCCAGGCACCCUGGAGCUGGCUGCAUGCUGCCCAGCCAGGAAUGCACCCAGGGCAGGGAGGGAUGAAGGCAUCAGCCCCCAGCAAAACACCACGGUAGCAGCACACUGGGAGGGGGACACCUGAAGGUGCUU